CAAGCGGAAAGGGGGGCGGCCGUUGGGUGCAGGCCGGCCGUUCGGGGGGCCGGUUGCGAGGGUUCCCGCCAUGGCCGCCCGCUGAAGGGCCUCGCCGAGCUUGGCACCUUUCUUCCGCGGGGAGAGAAAGGCGUUGCCAACUUGCCGUCUGGCCCCUGGGGCCCCGAGCCGGCUUUAGGAGCGGGGAAAAGGAAGAGCCGAGGCAAUGAGCUGGUUCAACGCGUCCCAGCUGUCCAGUUUCGCCAAGCAGGCCCUGACCCAGGCCCAGAAGUCCAUCGAUCGGGUCCUCGACAUCCAGGAAGAAGAGCCGACCGCUUGGGCCGAGACCAUCCCCUACGGAGAACAAGAAAAAAGUUUCCCCACAAGCAGAGGAUGGGAUACUUCAGCCUGGGGGUUAAAUUCAAAUCCAGAACCUCAGAGUCAGCCAGUAGCAUCUCCUAAAGCAAUUACAAAGCCUGUUCGAAGGAUUUUAUUAGAUGAAUCUGAAAACUUCUUCAGUGCCUUUCUUUCUCCAGCGGAUGUCCAGCAGAGUUCUGUGGUUUCCAAACCACCAACCAAAUCACAACGACCUAAAGAAGAAGUGAAAAGCAAUUUACAUGAAUCUCCACACUCCGUUCAGCCAGAAACAUGUGAAACGACAGUCACAGCAGUGAAGGAUUCUUCCCUCCAAGAAUCAGGAGAGGUAAAAAAAUCUGCUGUGCCCCUGAAGAAACUAGAAGAGGCUAUUCCAAGACUUAAAACUGAGAUGGUGCUUGAAGAAAACAUAAGUGAAGGAGCUGAUAUCAAGGUAUCAAGUCUAACUCUAGAAGUCCCAGAAGGAGUUGUUGGUGUGAAAUCUAGUGGAAAAAGAGGGUUAGGAAGUCCUACAGAGUCACUGAUGCCAGAGUCAAAGAACGUAGGAGUGGAAGGCAAGGAGCAAAAACCCGAAGAUAGACAGAGCAAUACACCUUCUCCUCCUAUCAGCACUUUCUCCUCAGGUACUUCCACUACCAGUGAUAUCGAAGUUUUGGAUCAUGAGAGUGUAAUAAGCGAGAGCUCAGCAAGUUCAAGACAGGAAGCUGCCGAUUCGAAAUCAAGCCUUCACCUGAUGCAGACGUCCUUUCAGCUUUUGUCCGCAUCUGCCUGUCCUGAAUAUAAUCGUUUGGAUGAUUUCCAGAAACUCACAGAGAGCUGCUGUUCCUCCGAUGCUUUUGAAAGAAUAGACUCAUUUAGUGUGCAGUCAUUAGACAGUCGAAGUGUCAGCGAAAUUAAUUCGGAUGAUGAAAUGUCAGGGAAGGGCUAUGCUUUAGUGCCUAUUCCGGUCAGCUCUUCAACACCCAGGACCGAGACGGCCGAGUCCAUGGGCCGAAAAUCUGAGGCAGAAGUAAGCGAAACAUUGAUUAUUCCUCCUGAAGAAGCAGAAAUGGAAGAAAGUGGGCGAAGUGCAACUCCGGUCAACAGUGAGCAGCCCGAUGUCUUGGUUGUCACCCCACCGAUCAAUGAAGACUCUGCUGUUGUGGAGGAAGACCCGGUACCCUGCCGAGAUGAUGAGAGUCAGCCCGAAGUUCUCUUUGAAAAGGAAGACCUUUGCAAGACAAUUGAUGUUUUGAAUGAAAAAUUGGAAAAAAGGGAAACACAGUUAUUAGCUGUUAGUAAAGAGAAGGCGUUCCUGGAAGAGGCUUAUGAUAACCUGAAAGAUGAAAUGUUUAGAGUGAAAGAAGAAAGCAGUAGUAUUUCUUCAUUGAAAGACGAGUUUACUCAGCGAAUUGCAGAAGCCGAAAAGAAGGUUCAAGUAGCCUGCAAAGAGAGAGAUGCAGCCAAAAAGGAAGUGAAAACCAUUAAAGAAGAACUAGCAAUGAGAUUAAAUUGUAAUGAAACAGCAGAACUUUUGAAGGAGAAAGAUGAGCAAAUACAAGGAUUAAUGGAGGAAGGGGAAAAGCUUUCAAAGCAACAGCUACACAAUUCAAACAUCAUUAAAAAAUUAAGAGCUAAAGAAAAAGAAAAUGAAAAUAUCAAUGCAAAGCAAAGCAAGAAGAAGAGGGAGCUAGAAGAGGAAUUGCAACAUUUAAAACAGGUUCUCGAUGGCAAAGAGGAGGUUGAGAAACAGCAUAGAGAGAACAUUAAAAAAUUGAACUCCGUGGUAGAACAGCAAGAGAAGGAUCUUGGCAGACUCCAAGCAAAUAUGGAUGAGCUUGAAGAAAAGAACCGAAGUGUUCAGGCAGCACUCGAUAGUGCAUACAAAGAACUUGCAGAUCUCCACAAAGCCAAUGCUACAAAGGAUAGUGAGGCACAGGAAGCUGCUAUUAGUCGUGAGAUGAAAGCCAAAGAAGAGCUCUAUGUAGCAUUAGAAAAAGCUCAAGAAGAAGCCCGUCAACAACAGGAAACAUUAGCAAUUCAAGUGGGAGAUCUAAGGUUGGCAUUGCAGCGUACAGAGCAAGCAGCUGCGAGAAAAGAAGAUUAUUUACGCCAUGAGAUCAGUGAACUGCAACAGAGACUCCAGGAAGCGGAGAACCGAAACCAGGAACUGGGCCAAAGUGUUACAUCUGCCACGAGACCAUUACUUCGGCAAAUAGAGAAUCUGCAAGCAACUCUGGGAACACAAACAGCAUCAUGGGAGAAGUUAGAGAAGAAUCUUUCUGACAGACUUGGUGAAUCCCAAACCCUGUUAGCAGCAGCAGUUGAGAGAGAACGCGCUGCUGUAGAAGAACUGCUUUCAAAUAAAAUCCAAGUGUCUUCCACCGAGUCUCAGAAUUCUCUCUUGAGGCAAGAAAAUAGUAGAUUUCAGGCUCAGCUGGAAGCAGAGAAAAAUAAAUUCCAGAAGCUCAAAGAUGAAAAUAAUAGGUGCCAGGUGGAACUAGAAAAUUUGAAAGAUGAAUACUUCAAUGCCCUUGAAGAGACAAGGAAAGAAAAGGUGCUCUUAAAUAGUCAGCUAGAAAUGGAAAAAAUGAAAGUUGAACAAGAAAGAAAGAAAGCAUUUUUUGCCCAAGAAAUGGUAAAAGAAAAGGAACGUAAGCCAUUUCCUUUUUCAACAAUGGAAUCUGUUUCCAGUACACCCACAUUGUCACGCUCCAGUUCCAUAAGUGGAGUUGAUAUGUCAGGGUUACAGGCAUCAGUUCUGUCUCAGGAUGAAGUCCAUGAUCAUUCAUUAGGACCGAUGUGUAUGUCUGCAAAUGGAAGCAAUCUCUAUGAUGCUAUACGGAUGGGAGCAGGAUCGAGUAUUAUUGAAAAUCUGCAGUCUCAGUUAAAACUAAAGGAAGGAGAGAUCAUUCACCUACAGUUGGAAAUUGGGAAUUUGGAAAAAACUCGAUCAAUAAUGGCAGAAGAGCUGGUUAAAUUAACAAAUCAAAAUGAUGAACUUGAAGAAAAGGUGAAGGAGAUACCCAAACUCCGGGCACAGCUAAGGGAUUUGGAUCAGAGAUACAACACCAUUCUCCAGAUGUAUGGAGAGAAAGCAGAAGAGGCCGAAGAACUUCGAUUAGAUCUUGAAGAUGUGAAAAAUAUGUAUAAGACUCAGAUAGAUGAAUUGUUGAAACAAAGGCCCAACUAACUGUUGGUAUAAUACUCUAAUAUUGAAGUACCUAUAAUUAAAAGUGGAUGUGUAAUAUGUAAAUUUAAAAGUACUGGUUCUUGUAAAUUCUCUUAAUAUAUUAGAAAAUAUGAUUUUACUUUAGAGUUCAAAAAUUAAAUAAUUUCUUGAAUAGUAUGUAGAACUGUCUGCAGUUAAAUUAUUUUGUGCAAUAUUUCACAGUUAUUUUUGAAAAAAAUCCCCUCCUUUAAGAGGAAAUCUAAAAAUACAACCAGUUUUUACUGCUGGGGGUAUCUGUUAGUACAAAGGUUGUUUGCUUUAUUCAUAUAUCAAUGAAUGGUUUCACAACAAUACAAGUUCUAGUAGAAUUCUGAACAAUGGAGACCAUUUCUCUCUCCCGCUCCCAAUUCCUAUAUAAAUAUAUAUAUGUACAUAUACAUAUAUAUUUGACUUGGAUAUAUAGUCAUAUAAAUAAAAUUACAUGCCCUAAUUGUACAUACAAGCGCCUUUGGACUCUUCUCAUUUUAGUCUUUCGUGUAGCUUUGAUCUUUAACCAUUAAAAAUGUACAUAAAUGUUGAGGUGAAAAAGCUACUGAUUAUGGGUUGUUCAAUUUUUAUAUUGAAUUUUUAAAGAAUUAAAAAUGGUGAUUUGUCUCAAAUACGAAGAGCAAAUAUUUUAGACAUUAAUUUUCUGAUUUUUCCUUUUAUUGCUCUGAGGUUUAAGAUAUAUAUUGCAUUAGAUUCCUUUUUCUAAGAAGCUGGCAAACCACUCAGUACAUGGAGUUAGAGCACAGAAGUGAUUGUUUUCUUUUUUUUUAAAACCCAUCAGAAGGGAUUAUGAGAUGUUGAAGAAUAAAAACGACUCAUUUAAGUUCCAAUUUGAGACUGUAGUUAUUAGGUUUUAGUGUUUUUUAGAGAUGCUGUUUUCACAGUGCUUCAAAUAGGUUGUAGGUUGAAGUUUCCAAUCCACUAGAUUGGAAACUCCCAGAGGGCAGGGAUUAGGCCUACCAACUGUACUGUACUGUACUCUCCCGAGCAUUUAGUACAGUGCAGAGGCAUACGGUAGUUGCUCAAUAAAUAGCAUUGAUUAAUGGGUUAUAGUAAAUAGUUGCUGAAAGAAAUUAGUCUUUAAGAAUGGUGUGAUUUGGACAAACAUUUUUGCAAUUUUAAAAUAGAUCAUUUACAAGGUAGACUUGAACGGGGAGCUAUAGAAAUUAUAGGAGCCAUGGUCACCUGAAGAAUACAAUUAGUGAUUUUAGUUUAUUUUAUAAGUAUAAUUUAUGUUAGUGUUCAUUAUAUUGUUUUCUCUUUUACAUUUAUUCCCAGGCUAUUCUUAUUACUAUAGGUAGGUAGUUUUCCACUUUUUUAAAAAAAAAAUCAUAUAAGGGCACAAAGGCAAUAUUGAGCACUUAGUUUUCUUUCUUGUAUUGAUUAACUUUACAAUGGCCCAAUUUUUGUCCUUAUUUGUCCUUAAAAUGAACUCUGCACUUGCACCUUAAUUUCUUGAUGAAAUAUUUAAGAAUUUUUACUUAAACAUUUUAUAAUACCCACCCCCAUCCAACUACUCAAGGCAAUUCAUAUACUAGCCAUGUAAUGUAAAAUAAUGUUGAUAUAUUUUAAUAGAUAAAAAAGUUACAUAUAUAAUGUAAAUGUUCCUUUAGUUUAUUCCAAUUUAGCAUUUUAAGUUUUGAUCUGUUGAAACUUAAAAAUGGAAACAUCUUAUCUAAACCCUUGUUGGUAACUUUGGUAUCAUUUCUAGCAAGACAUGUUAUUGGGGCAUGACUCAGUUUGAUAAUAAUAAUUGUACUAUUUGUUAGGGGCUUACUAUGUGCCAAGCACUGUCAGAUCAGACACAGACUGUGAGCCACAUGUGGGACAGGAACUAAGGGAGAGGGAGAACAGGUAUUUUAGUUAUUUCACUGAUUUUUACAUACGGCAGGCCGGUGGCAGAGGUGGGAUUAAAACUCAGGUCUGCUUGUUUAGUAGUCUUGUUCAGGAAAAGUAAUUGGACUGAUUGUGUGAAAACCGUGUGAUUUUCUGAAAUCUAAAAAUGAAAAAUAAUCAUUACACAUUGGAAAAAGCAGCUUUAUAAAUAUAAUUGAUGCGGAAUACCAGUCCUACAAAUCUGUAGUAGAUAAAGUUGAACAGGUGUUUCCUCCUUCCAGUUCUUUCUCCCUUUGCAGAGAGAAUCUGAGUUGUAACAGUAGGGAUUUGGUGUAUGUUUUUGAUGUCUAUUUCUAACAGAAUGUUUGAUCAAGAAGUGAAUGAGAGAAUUAGGCAGUAAGUAUAUCAGUUGGGGUUGCUUUUUUUUAAUACUGUAUUUGAAAUACUCCUGGCCGCAAAAAAUGAUCGUUUUAGAAAUAUGAUCCUUUGAAUUUUACAGUAGAAUUAAUAAAAAGACAUCUACAUCUCUUUUUAAUGUUAUGAAAAGAGCGUAACUAUAAAUCUAUGGAUCAGAUUAAUUCAUUUUUGGCAUAGCAACACAAAAAAAUCUUGAAAGUGACCAGGUAUGCUCCAAGUCUUCUUUAUGCUUAUGUUGUUUGUGGAUGUUCUAGUGUAAUGUUCAUUUCUCUGCCAUGAAAGUAAAAUUCACAUAGACAUGGUUAGGUUUUUAAUCAUAUAAUUUAUAUACAUAUUUUAAGGGCUAAUGGUAUUAGAAUCUGAUUACUUUAGUAUGAUGCAAAAAGUGUAUUCUUUGAGCUUUAGGUGUAAGAUAAUGUAAAUCUGUAAAAAGCACGGGGCUGGAUAUAAUAAAGAAUUUUUUUUUCAAAAAA